GGCCUGGCCGGGGGGCGGGGCCUGGCCGGCCGCUCUCCCGGGCCCUGGCGCCGCCCGCCCGGCCCGCGGGGGCGCCCCGGCGGCCGCUGCCCCCCGCGCAGCCGCCACGUCCGAGCGGCGGGAGCGGCGGGAGCGGCGCGGCGGCAGCAGCGACACGCGCCGCGGCGGCGGGGGGCGGCGGGGCCCCAUGUGGCGCACGCUGGCCCUCGCCUCCGCCUUCUUCCCGGGGCUCUUCGCCCUCUGCGUGCGGGCGCUGCGCUGGGCCGCCCCGGCAUGGAGCCUCAAGGACCGCGUCCUCCUCAGCGGCAGGUUGGUGUCGACGGUGCAAGCUACGAUGGCAACGGUCUCCGGGAUCACGGUUGUCCUUAGCUGCAAGAACGUGGUGCACGACAGGCACUGGCUGGCCGUGGAGUACGUCUGGGUCCUCGUUCCCUACAUGACCUACGACAUCUACGUCAUGUACCUCUGCCACUGGCACAAGCGCAGGGACAGGGGCGCCGCGGAGGACAAGCACUCGCUGGCCAGCGUGCGCAGCUUCCUCCGGCAGGAGCGGCUCAUGGUGACCCACCACCUCUUCAUCCUCGUCGUGCUCACCCCCGUCACCCAGCACUUCAGGGGCGAGCUGGGGGACUUCUUCGUGGGCUGCAUCUUCACCGCGGAGCUGAGCACUCCUUUCGUAUCGCUGGGCAAAAUCCUCAUGCAGCUCAAAAUGCAGGACACGCUCCUGCACAAGGUGAACGGGAUCCUCAUCCUGGUGACUUUCUUCCUCUGCCGUAUCCUCCUCUUCCCCUUCAUGUACGCGGCCUACGCCCGGCAGGUGGGCAUCCCCGUCUACAUGGUGCCUUUCCGCAUCCCCCUGCACUGCAACAUCGCAAACGCCUCCCUCAUCGCCCCGCAGCUCUACUGGUUCAGGCUCAUCUGCCGCAAAGCCGCCCGGCUCUACAGCAGCUCGCCCGCCGGCAAGAGCAGCUAGCGGCUGGCAGGGGCGGCCGGCAGCGGGGCGGGAGCCGGGGAGGCCGCCGCGGCCUCGUGCCGGGGCUGCCAGUGCCGCCCCGGGAGCAGAGCAGCGGAGUCGCCGGCCCCGCGCAGCGCUCGCUUCCCGCGUGGCUCCGGGUCUCGCGUCCUGCUCGCGGGAGGUCGGGAGCCGGCGAGGAGCAGCUCGUCCGGCAGCGUGAUGCUGCUGCUGGGGCUCAGCGCUGCGGCACCUCGCCGACCGGCCGUUUCGCGGGAGGGGGCUGUUACAAACCCCCCGAUCUUUGGUGCUGACGCCGAUGCCCGACGCAGCCAGCACGGCGCGACGGGAGGAGCCGGCGGAGCAAACUCGGCAGCGCGGGCGAGCCCGGCACGUGCCGGCCCCGAGCGGCAGCCCCGGGCUGGGGGAGCCUCGCGCCGUACCUGCCGCAGCUCCGCUUCGCUCCUCCGGCUCCGCUGCCGGGAGCAGAGCCCGGCUCCCGGGACGCGGCACCGUUCUGCACGGCCCGGGGCCGAUCUCCGACACUGCCUCCACACUACAGCUGCCUGCAGCAUCUUACCUGCCUCGCACGGGCGCUUCUCGCUGCUGCGAGGCUCAGACCCACUUCUGGACACUCCGAUUGCCCCGAGGGGCAUUUCGCCGCCGCCGUGGCCGUGGUCCCGAGGGUGGGGAAGGCUCCGGCGCCGCUAGCAGGGCUGGAGGCGGGAGAAGACGCUCCCGGCAGGGUCGGAGGAAGGUGACGCUGCCUUAGAGAGCAAUGGGGCCAGGGCAGGGAGCCCGGCCCGAAGGCGGGACGGGGCCAGGACACCUCACCGAGGCGCGGGGCACCACGCAGAGCCCUCCGGGGGCCGGGGACGCUGCUUUCAACCCCCUGCCCGAACCGCACCCGCACAGGGGCUGCUCGGAUCUGCCCCACGUCCCCCAGCGGUGCUUGAGGUGACCAGCACAGGGUCCAUCCCCCUGCCCACCCGCCCCCGCGACGGGGGUGAACCCUCCGGGUGGGCAUGGACCAUCCAAACAGCAACUGCUCCCAGCACAAUCCCCCCCCCACCGGGGCAGGUUUCCCGGGCACGGCGUGAGCCGGGGCAGCCACCUCCUCCCGCGCGAGCCCAGGGCUCCCUUUGCUCCCGGGCGCUCGCCACGGCCGCGGCCGGUCACACCAGCAGCCCAGCAACCUGUGGCCGCUCUGUGCUUCUUUCUGUCUAAAAGCUAAAAAAAUGAUGGCUGGGAAGCGCUUCGCUCCGGGCGACCCCUUUUUCUGGCGACAGAUCCUGCUGCGGCCACAGCUGCACGGAUUGCAAAGACCCGAAGGCCUUUCCAAGGCGCAGGCGGCUGCGGCAGAAACACCACUUCUCGUGAUAAACCCAGCGAGCAGCUGAUGGUAUAAAACGCUUGCUAUCUCUCACAAA